AUGCAGUCCUUUAGGGAGCGGAGCGGUUUCCAUGGCAACCAGCCCCCCUGCUACCCUCAGCAGGAGCCCCAUGAACUGUCCCGCCUGGAGAGUUACCGCCAACACCCGCCGUCACAGCACCCCCACCCGCACCACCCGCAGCCCCACACCCCCCUCCCGCACCCCCACCCUGGCCCCAGCCCUCACCCAGCCCACGCCUCCAGGCAGGCCUAUGAGAGUCACGCGCUGCCCGCCACUACAGGGAUGCCCCCGGCCGGAGCGGGGGCAGGGCCAGGGACCGGGGCAGCCGGAACAGGGCCUAAGGACUGUUAUAGCCAGCAGGCCUACCCUGGAUACCCAGGCAGUGGUGGGGGUGGAGGUGGACCCAACGCAGGAGUGGCGGGUGGGCCCACGGCUCCCCAGGCCAAGAAGCCCUACAGGGGGAGCAAGGUGGCUCCCCCACCCCCCAACCAGCACCUCCAGGCUGGGGGCUACAGCAAUCACAUGGGCCCUGGGGGUGUAUACACAGCCCAGUAUAUGAGCGAGGGUCACCUCCAACAGAAAUGGGAGGACCCAGACACACUAGCCCAGUACGAGCAGGAGAUGGUGGGCCGUCUGGAGCCGGGGCAGCCUGGCUCGUCCCAGUACCUGGACCAGACCAUGCUUGGUCACUCUCAGAGCCAGUGCCACCUCCCUCCGCAGCCCUCAAACCCAGUGUAUACCAGCCCCCACCACCAGCCCCACCCCCCCAACCCGGCACCCGCUCCCCUGAUGUACCCCCAGAGCCACCUCCACUACCCCCAGCACUCGCCCUCCCCCUCGCCCUCCUCCUCAUACAUGGAGAAGUGCAGCCCCAUGCCUCACUGCUACAAAGGCUACAGCAUGCCUCCCAACUCCCAGUACGCCAGGCAGAUGGGGGGGCAUGGCGGUCUCAAACAGGGGGGUUACAGGCCCCAGAACAGCUAUAGCUACCAGCAACCCCCUUCCCGGGGUGGCUACGACCCCCAGCCGCCCUUACAGGGCAUGCCCCCAAGCCAGGACGGCCACCCCAAAUACCAACUCUACAGCCAGCCCCAGCAGAACUACUGUUUGUCUGAACUGUCAGUCCGAUCUCCUGAGCAGUACUACCAGACCUGCAGUCCCUCCUCCAGCCACUCCCCUGCCCGCUCCGUGGGCCGAUCCCCCUCCUACAGCUCCACCCCCUCCCCACUGAUGACCAAUCCUGAGUCCUUCCAGUACGGCCAGCCACCCAUGACUCCUGGGGCCGCCUCCUCCUCCUCUUCCUCCUCAGCGGGCCUGCAGGAACAGGGCAUGCUGCUGCCCCCGCGCUCGCACCCCUCGCCCAACCUUCCCCACCCAGCCCCCCACAGCUACAGCGCCCCGACUCCACCCUCUUCCGCCUCCUCUUCGGCCUCCAUGAAGGAGCGCUUCUCCGAGAAGCUGCUGUCCAACCCCAGCCUGUGGAGCCUGAACGCCCUCACCUCUCAGGUGGAGAACAUCUCCAACAACGUGCAGCAGCUGCUCCUCUCCGAGGCCCUGGUGGCCAACAAGAAGGGAGGCAAGCGGAGCAGCGGAGGGAGUAGCGGCAGCUCCAGCGGAGGUUCCUCCAAGAAGGGAGAGGAGUACAAGAGCCCUCCCUGCUUGGACACACAGCACGGGGGUGGGCACGGAGGCCCCAUGCCAGAUCCCUACAGCACCCCCCAGCACCAGCAGGUGCCGAUGGAGCUCCAGGAAGGAGGCUACUCCAGCAGCUCCGAUGACCAGCUCGACCGGGGCUACUACUACUGUGGCCAGGGAAGGAGUCCAGCUCAGGCCUCCAACAACACCCACCUGGGCUUGGACACCGCCUCGUCCUGCUCCAUGACCUCCCCAGAUGACAUGUCUACAAGGUCAGGGGACUCCGGUCUCCAUGGGGGGGUCUCCAGAGACAACUUGACGCCUGACCCCAGGUCCCAGGGGGGUCAUGGAGGGGAUGGAAUGAGCACCCCGGUAAAGAGCGUCGGGGACGAGAGAUCCCCAGCCAGUGUGACCGUCCCCAGCCCCUUGAAACAAGAACGCGACUCCCCUCCAGACAUUCAGAGACUGGGAGAGCCCCUGAAAGAGAACUUUGAGGAGUCGGCCUGGACAGAGAAGAUGGCAGACGAGGAGGAAAGUGAGAGCGUGAAAAAGACUCCAGACGAGGAGCGUGACUGCCGAAGUAUGGAAGCGGCCAACGUGACACAGAAGUUAGAGAAGUGGCCGGAGGACGAGAAGGGCCCGGCGCUCUAUAACAAGAUCAACCAAGCUGUGACAGAGAAGAGCUACUGCUACCAGGAGAGCGCCUACCCAGGCCUCCAGAACAAAUAUGAGCCAGAUGAAGGAGACUCUGUGGGAAAGUCUCCAGGCCUCUCCGACUCAAGCCGCAAGGGAGACCUGACGGCUGAGAUGAAAUCGGAGGCGUUCAAAUCGGAGUCCCCCACCGAUUCCGAGAGCUCGGUGAAAACCUCCCCUUUUCUUAGCAGAGGUGACCUUGACCAGGAUCAAUAUUUAACAGAGAAAGAGGACAGCUCCGAGAACGCCUCUCCAACCCCCCAGGGUGACGCUUCAGAUGAGUCCGUCUCAGAAAAGAGAGAGAGCCGAGGAGAAGAGGAGGAAGAGGAGGAGGAGGAGGAAGUGGAUGCACAGCAGCGGCCUCCUCUGCCUCCGAAACCCCCAGCAGAGGUGAGGGAGGAGAGUGAGAGCCUCCUGUCAUCGACAGACGAGGGCAUGAAUAAUAGAAUCGGGCCAGGGGAGUCUACCGGAGAGUUCUGCAGCAGAACACAGGGCCAGAGUGUUGAGUCUCAUACUAACACAGACCCUGCAGAGACUGCCGCCCACCCAAAUGCAGCAGCAACAGAUGCAGCAGCACCCUCAGAGAGGAGGUCAGCCAUGGGGGACAGUGUACCUCAGUCUCAAUCUGCCAUGCCGGUUUUCUCAGCUCUCAACGACACAACAACUCCCAGUGCUCAGUCCAGGGAACACAUCGACCGUAGCGAUGCGAAGGUUCUGGAACCCGAUUCCCCCCAGCUACCAGGCAAGUCCAUACUGCACUCAGCGCCCUCCUGGGCAGACACCCCGCCCUCCCCGAAGAAGGGCGACGAGGACAUGGAGCCGGGCAUCAGCUGCCCUAGCGCCGUCACCCCCUCAGCCAAGCCUGAGCCCCUGGCCCCAUCUGCACAGCCCCGGGCCUACGGACGCAAGCACGCUCGGGGCAGGAGGAGACUCAUGCACUCAGGUGUGGGCAUCAGGGGACAGCUGAGCCUGGGGAGGGAGGGGGAGGGAGCUCCGUCACCCCCUCAGAAACCCUGCAUGGCCUCCAGCAAGAGUGCCCUCUUUUCCGACCAGAUGGACUCAGCUCACCAGGAUGCCAUCAUCACAAGUGAGACAUCCACGCUGCUGGCUGAGGGCUUCCGCUCGAGGAUGUGCACCCGUUCAUUCAACGCACAGGACGUGUCUCCCAAGGAUCAUACACACAUCAAGCGGAAACCAGGGCCAAAACCAGGUCCAAAACCGGGUUCAAAGCCAGGGCCAAAACCGGGUUCAAAGCCAGGGCCAAAGGUAGGAUUAAAGCCUGGACCUAAACCAGGACCUAAACCUGGUUUAAAGUCUGGAACUAAACCAGGACCUAAACCUGGUCCAAAACCUGGACUCAAACCAGGACCAAAAACAGGGUCAAAACCAGGACCAAAAACAGGGUCAAAACCAGGACCAAAACCGGGACCUAAACAAGGCCUAAAGCUGGUUGAGGAUGUUCUAGUUUCUGAUGUGAUCCCCCCUAAGGCCCCAGUGGGUCGUCCCAGGGGCUCAGCUUCAAAGUUGAAGGUGAUUCAGCAGGAAGGUCCCAUUCAACCUCUGACAGGUGGAUCAGGGAGAGGCAAGAAGGGUCUGAUUAUUAAUGUCCAACAGGCAGAAGAGAACCAGGAUGUGAAACCCACGGGCAAGGACAGUAAGAACAUGGUCCUCAGAUCCCGAAAACCUUCCCGGGAUCAACCUUCCAAGGAGAAAGAAAAGGAGCAAGAAGAGGACGUUCUGCCCCCAACCCUGAUCGAGUUAAAACAGGCCAGCAUUUGUCUAAAAGCUAAUGAGCAUGCAAAUGUAGAUCAAAACCUUGCUGUUGUUCCUAAUGAGACAGAUAUCAGCCUAUCCCUACCUGACAGACCAGAAGAUAAAACCUUACUUCCUCUAAAGAGAAAGGCCAGCCCGGAGCCUCCUCUGGCACCACUGAAGAAGAAAAGAGGUCCCAAACCCAAACCCAAACCCAAAAGCCCACAGCCCUCCGAGGGCCCCCUGCAAACCAACCGUUCUCCAACCAAAUCCAAGGAGUCAGGGGCCCGGGGCCCUAAGAAGAAGCAAAAGCCCAGCCAGCAGCUCCAAACCUCUCUGUUGUCUAAAGAUAGCCCUCUUCCAGGGGGAGACAGUGCUACCACCGUAGACAUACCUGCCACGCCAACUCAGUGUCUCACCAAAACGAAGUAUCUGCCACCACGCAAAGGUCGGGGACAGAAAUAUGAGGCUAUGGUUCAGAAAAACACAUCCCCUGGGUCAAAGAAACACCAGCCGACUCCCCAGCCUCCAGAGAAUGUUCUGGUAGAAGAGAUGACGUCAAAGACUGUGCCUCAACAUGUCUGCGCUGACAAUGAGAGUUUGGUGUGUGAGAACAGGCCUGGGGUGGUACCGAGGGAAGUAAGACCGGAUGAAGUUAGACAGGAGGGGGUGAGAGAAGAGGGCGAGAGACAGUAUGUCUGGCAUAGUAAAGAGAAAAAGGGUAAAAUCGUGAUGGAGACAGAGGUGAGACGGGACGAGAUGAGACAAGAGGAGGUGAAACCAGAAGGGGUGAGACAAGAAGGUGUGAGACUCCAAGAAGAAGGGGGUAGGCAGGAAGAGCUGAAACCAGAGGGAGCGAGACUGGGGGAGAGUAGAACAGAGGGGGUUAGACAAGAGGAGGUGAGAGACGGGGACUCAGCGGGGGUGCCAGACGGAUCCGGCGCCAAGCCCACCAGAACGAAGCGCAGGAAAUGGGCCCUGGUGGAGAGCACAGACGCCACGGUCGUCGCCAUGGAGACGGGGAGCCUGAUUAUCAACACGCCACGUCUGGCCAAGCAGAGAGCCAUCAAGAACAACCACGAGAUGCAUCUGAAGCAGAAGAGGAAGAAAAGGAAAGGACAGUCGACCAAGGAUGAGCAAGCCCAGGCGAAGACAGAACUGGAAACAGACGCUGAGACGGCCGCACCUGCCGAGGCCUCCCUCUCGGUCUGCCCGGGUGACAUCGCGCACCCCUCCCAGGUCGUCACCACGGAAGCGAGCGUGGCACAGCCCAAGAGAGGGAGAAAACCCACGUCCUCUUCUUCCGGCAAUGCCGUCGCGCCUUCCAAAAAGAAACGGGGCAGAGCCGCUUCCGAGCAGACAGGCAAACCGGGAAAGGUCCACAAAAAACCUGGGCCCAAGCCAGGAAUGAAAGACGCCAUGGACGUCAUCGAGGCAGUGGUGAGGGCGGCAGGUACCGAACAGACGCUCAAAGAGGAACGGAUGAAACAAGCGGCCUCCACCGUUUUUGAGGAGGUGGACCAGGAGUCACCUGUGGUACAAGUGUCAAGCAGUCCAGCCCAAAACAAGCUCAUGUCCUCCUUCUGUCCUUAUGUGCGAAUAGACAGUUCAAGUACGUUUUCUGCCCUCUGUACCAUAGUCAACAGACCAGAGGAGGAGGAGAUUCACCAGCAUACAAAAACCAGCCCGGCUCGAAUUAAAACCCCGGCCACGCUUGAUGCCAAGGCAAUACAGCGUACCUCAGCUAUGCUCCAAGGACCCUUAGUUAACAGGACCUUAAUUGACAGGUGUCUCACGUGCUGCCUGUGCGGAAAGCCGGCAAAUUACAGGGAACUUGGGGACUUGUGUGGACCCUACUACCCUGAGGAUAGCAUUCCCCGGAAAACCUUGUCUGCCAGACACAUAAACCCUCCGAGGGAAAACACAGAAAAGACGACCAGUGCAACUGUCAGUGCUGACCCUGUGAACGAGCCCACCACAAGCGCCCCCAAAAGGGAGACGGAAGCAGAUAGCGAGAUGGGCAUGGUUGAGGGCAGCAAGGAGCCGGCGCCCGUCGUAGAGAUCAGCAGUGAUGGGCAUCAUCACCGCCACCACCCUUGGCGCCCCAGGCGGGCAGAGAGGGGGGAGCGGGCACCGGGGUUGGGUGGUCCUCGCCGCCUCACCUUGAGGGAGAGGUUUAGGAGGAUGCAGCAGCUGCAGGACAGGCUGCAUGGAGAUGGAACAGCACCUCCCAUUGGCCUGGAGGGAAAUGGCAACAGCUUGCUCCAAAGGCUGCAAGGAGAGGCUGAGGCAAAGGAACACUGGGCCCAUGAGAACUGUACCAUCUGGACCAAUGGGGUGAUCAUGGUGGCAGGGAGACUCUUCGGCCUGAAGGAGGCUGCCAGCACCUCAGCAGAGACGAGCUGCUCCAAGUGCCAGGGUGUGGGCGCGUCCAUCAGCUGCUGCCUGAAAGGCUGCCCUCACAAAUACCACUAUGUCUGCGCCAAAGAGAUAGGUUGCACGUUCCAGGAGGAGGACUUUUCCCUGACAUGUCCCAAACAUGAGGCUGUGUAAAACAGAGCAGUGUCCCACCCAUCCCAUCACCUAUGCAGGAAGACAGAAGACAGAAGACAGAGAAACCAGACCCUGCCCCCAGACACUACACCUGAAGCCGAUAGCUCACAAUGGACAGAUGCAUCGGCCAAUCGGGUGGGGGUUUCUCUGAGGGGCCUCGACGGCAGCAAUGCGGACACUGGAGCAGGCCCCUCAGUGUUGCCCCUGGCAACCCUUUAUCUCACACCCCCUUUGCUGAAAGGCCGCAGCGCUCAAUAGGAGGAUGGACUGCGUUAAGAGACCCUUGCUCCAGGGACAGUGUGUGUGUGGGGGGGAGGGUUGGUGAGGGCUGUUUGAGAUUCGGAGUGCGUUGUUCCGCCUUUGGAAGGGUCGCUAUCAUAUUCGGACACCUGGUGGCUGCUGAUUGGCCAGCAGCCUCCCUCUGGCCACCUUGUCAGAUGGCCAAGAGUUCCAGAUUGUGGUGAGGGUGUGUGUGUGUGUGUGUGUAUGUCACAUCCAUGGAGAUAGAACUGUUCUUUGAUGGUCUCAUCAAUGUGUUUGUCUGUAUGAGGGUGCACAUUCUGGAUUGACGAUGUCAUGCCUCGAAGCAGCCACCACACUGGAUGUAACUUAAUGUGCGCAUACGUGUUGAAAAAAGUUACAAAUAUGUACAUGACGUGCUUUACAGGUUCUAAAUAUUCUGAUAUUGAGAGAGAAAAAAAACAAGCAGUAUUUUAAUAUAAUGCUCGUAUCCUCCAAGGUGUAUUUUGAUGUGCAUUUACGGCUAUGCGACACCAUUGAGUCAACGUUGGUACAUGUCCGGCUUUGUGUUCUUAAAAAAGAAAAAAAAAAAAAAAAUCUAAAAACAAGAAACUCUUCAAAAGUGUCACCCACUUUAGCCGUGCACGCAUCCAGUAUGUACACUAGACGCCAAGUCACCCAAAUGUCAAACGGUCGAGCGAAAGGGGCUCCAUACAUCUCAUAUCACCUCAUUGCUGUACAAUUCAGACGUAUCUCUGUUCAUCUUCAUCAUCCUCACCACACACGAGGCCUAGCACUUUUCACUGGCAUUACAUCCAACACUUAAGGUCCUCCGCACCUGCUGUGUAGCUGUCCUCGCUCUCUCACUCUCUCUCUAUGGGACACAGAUGUAGCCUCUCUCUCUCUGUCAUGCUAUUCACAUUUACCCGCUAGGGGGCGCUACAGUCAUAUCAACAGGAUACAUUCAGUAUUAGAGCAAAAAAGAAAGCGCUGAAAAAUCACUUCUUCUUCUUUCAGUAUUCGAUUCUAAAGCUCCUAUUAUUUAAUGGUGUAUAUAAGUAUUUGACGCUGUUUAAAUGUAAGAUGUGAUGUACUAAUAUAAUUGUGUAUAGUAUUUCCUAGAGAUGUUUAUUUUCUAUAAAAUGAAUAUGUUAUUGCUUAUAAAAUGUUAUUAAAAGAAUCCAUUGAGAAAAAACAAACAAAAAAAAACUAAGGACCUUUUUGGAAUGUCACUCGUUUUAAGUUGAAGCAUGCCGUUUUGAUUUUUUCAUGUGAUUUGAUUUCAUGUUUGAGAUCGAUGACAGCAU